AGGCGGGGGGCGGGGGGCGGGCCCUGGGCCAGGCCUCCCCGGCCAGUGCCCAGAGGCCCGUUAUGCCCACGGUGGCUCCGGCGGGAGGAGCCGCCGUGCAGCCGGAGAAGGGGAAGCUGGGCAGUACCGGGCUGGGUGAGGGGCGCUCAGCCCCGGAGCCCGGCGGGUGGGCGUCGCCGGGGGGAGGACCCCUGGGCCGGGCGCGGCAUUGGGGGCAGGGUUACCGCGAGCCCGCCGUUAGGCCCGCCCCCGAAGGAGGCGGGAGAGGCGCCCGAGCCCGGCGGCGGGCUGGACCCCGCAGAGCGUCCGCCCGUCCGCCUGCUUCUGCGGUCCGUUCCCGCGGCGGCCGGCUCGGCCGCUCCCGACCCGCCAUGCCGCCCGCGGGGCUCUGCGGGGCCGCGCCGCUCGCUGCGAUCGCCCUCUUGGUGCUGGGGGCCCCCCUGGCGCUGGCCGGCGAGGACUGCCUGUGGUACCUGGACCGCAAUGGCUCCUGGCAUCCGGGCUUUAACUGCGAGUUCUUCACCUUCUGCUGCGGGACCUGCUACCAGCGGUACUGCUGCCGCGACCUGACCUUGCUCAUCACAGAGCGUCAGCAGAAGCACUGCCUGGCCUUCAGUCCUAAGACCAUAGCAGGGAUCGCCUCCGCCGUGAUCCUCUUUGUGGCCGUAGUCGCCACCACCAUCUGCUGCUUCCUCUGUUCCUGCUGCUACUUGUACCGCCGGCGCCAGCAUCUACAGAGCCCCUUUGAAGGCCAGGAGAUUCCAAUGACAGGCUUCCCAGUGCAGCCAGUGUACCCGUACCCCCAGGAUCCCAAAGCUGGCCCCACACCCCCACAGCCUGGCUUCAUGUACCCACCUGGCGGUCCUGCUCCCCAGUACCCACUCUACCCCGCUGGGCCCCCUAUCUACAACCCUGCAGCCCCUCCCCCCUACGUGCCAUCCCAGCCCUCCUACCCAGGAGCCUGAGGGACCAGCCCGCCUCUGCUGCCCUUCAGUGAUACCCCUCUCUGGUAUCUGCAUCUGGCUCUGGGGUGGGUAGGGGUCCCUACUCACUGCGUCCCAGAUCAAGCCAAGCCUUGGGCCCUGUUGGUGACAGAGCCCCAGGGAAAUGGAACAGGAGCUGAGCUGGCACUUGGCCAUGAAUGAGGGGUGGGUUGGGAGGGCAGGGGAUUGGCAGACUGCUUUUAUUGGGAGCAGGGGAAGGACACGAAAGUUUGGGUCAUAGCUCCAGCUUUCUUUAUAGUUCCUCUGCUCCCAGGAUCCAAGCCAGGAAGGCCGAGGCCACUCCUGUUGGUCCCCUGCGGGCCUCGGUGGGUCAGGGAGGGGGAUCCGUCGUCAGUCAACAGGAGCCCUCCGGCUGCCCCACUGGCAGGUCUCCGCUGCUGGAUUAAAGCUGUAAAGAUGUAA